ACUAGCAGCGGAACUGAGAAAGAUAAUUUUUUUUAAAAGUUAACUUCAAGGCUUAGAAUUUAAAGAGCCAAACAAAAUCUUAACCACAGAAAAGGCAAAUAUUCAGUAAUUGAUGGAAAAAAUCGGUCCUAAAUUUUCCGUAAUGAUUGCAGUUUCAUUCAUUUUGCUUAAUUUGUUGGACUUCGGAGAAGUAAGUGGGCAUCGACUUAGCCGGAAGCAUCGUAAGUCAAAAAGGAUGGAGCAAAAUAUCUUAACAGACCUUCCUCGACUUGUCGGCUCCAGCGGUGUUCAGUCCUCGAUCAUCAAUGGAAUAAAUUCUCAGUGCAAACCUUUCUACGUCCGAAUUGACGUGAGAGAGAACCCGGAUGCUCUUGUGCCUAGUUACUUCUGUGGGGGCACUAUCGUGGACCGUCGCUGGGUCAUGACUGCUGCCAAUUGUGUCCAAAACUAUAAAUUUGAUCAGAUCAGAGUAAAGGAGUUCAACUGUUGGUAUGACGCCAUUCACACUUCACACGUCGAAGCAGUUUUCAUUGCCCCAAACUUUCAGCAGAGACCAAAACGUAGAAAUGACAUCGCCCUCAUCAAAGUGAAAACUCACUACCCAGAUCACAGAGUGAUGCCCAUAUGUCAGGUGGAGCCAGAGUUAGGGACCAUCCUGGGCUCAUGUGGCCUUGGGUCUACCUCGGCACCUAAGCUGACAAUCCCAACUCACAUCCAGGAGGUUUUCUUUUACGAGUCGAUGUUCGAGAACAUAGAUCCCUUCAACUUCGAGACCUGUGCUCCUGGCAACGUGUGCACAGAUACAGUGACAGACGACUCAAACAUCUGUGUUGGGGACGAAGGCAACCCCCUCUACUCGUUCUCAUGCCAGACAUCCAUCUCCCCCCACUGUCUCUACGGGGUGGCCAGCUACUUCCUCCCCCUAACCCAUCCACAGCAGAUGGCAACUUGCAAGGACGGGAGUGUGUAUGCUAGCGUGAUACCACACACCGACUGGGUUUUCCAAACCAUGCUGCUCAACUGAACUUAAUUCGCUCCCAGCAUAGCCCACCCAAUAACUUUGAGGGUGAAUGAAUGAAGUGUGUCUUUAAUUUCUUGAAAGAUAGAAAGUGCCUUAAUCAUACCAUACUUCAAAACUGCAUUAA